AUGGCGACGGCUUACAACAUCAAGGUCACGGUUGGAAACACUGGGUUGUGGAAGUUCAAUCAGCAGGAUGCCUCCGCGAAUAAGGUGUCUGAGCUUCUGCAAAAGGACCUCGAAAAACACCAUGUAUUCUUCAACGCUGAAGGAUUCCACAACCACAUACCUCAUCACCUCCUUGCCCUCUACGGCACUGGCGCCGACUCUGAUGCUCUCCAACUCGCAUGGAAAGACAACGCAAACUACCAGCGUCCAGCCAAGGACCCCAGCAACGGGGUCGCAGAUGAGCUACACGACUGGGACAAGGCGCAAAAGUACCUCGGCAGGGAGAAGCACUAUUCCGACUUCCUCCUCUUCUUCCAGCGCGAGAUCGAGAAGAAGGGAUGGGAGGAGACGCUGAACGAGUACCUCUUCAAGGGUGACGCGCGCGCCGAGGACAUGUUUCAGCGCAUGUUUGGGGGGUUCCUGCACCCCAUCAUUCAGCUCAUGUACGGCGUCGAGUGGGAGCAGCCGGCCAUCGUCGCUGAGGCCCUGGCAGAGGCUUCCGUUCACAAGAACCAGCUUGGUGAAUUCUUCAAUGAGGCCGAGAAGAACGCAAAGAAUGCGAAGACGCCGAUGCCCGAAAUCAUGGAUUUGAUCGAGGAGAUUAGAGGGAGGGAGAAGUUGGUGAACUCGGUACAGAUGAAGGAUUCGAACAAGGUUUUUGACGGGGUUCUCAAGCGUGCGCCAGGUGAGAUGACGGAGGUUGUGAGCAAGGUAAAGGUCUUGCCUGAGGAACUUGAUGAGAGGACCGCAGAGAUGUUCCACGCGAGUUGCUAUGUUGCUGGGACUGCAGCAAUAAAGCCUGGAAAGGAGACCAGGUGGGACUUUUUCUUGAUUCACCACGUCAACGCAUCGCCAAUCUUCCUUUGCUUCAACUCCAAAUCCUGGAUCUCCACAGAGAACAAGAUUCGGAUGCUGGAACACAAGAUCCGUAUGGACCUCGUCCAGUACGCGGCGCGCGGUAGUCCGCAGAUCCGCGCCGACGCGAUCAGCUCGUACAGGCCGAAGGACAAGGACCAGAACAAGCAGCUGGUUUCCAAGCCUACAGAUCUCCUUCCUAGAUUCCACCACCAGUCUGAUGAUGGGCACACCAUCAAAGUGGUACGAGCACUCGGAAUUUGUCAGGAGCUGUCCCAGAAAUACAGCAACAAGCCAUGGAUCAGGAUUAAGAAUGACGAUGAAUGGCUCAAGCUGCAUUAUUCAGUCCUGGACGGAACGGAACACUCUGGCACGAAAUGGGUUCGAUCGACUGGCCUGGAUGAGGCAUGGAAGGACGUACCUUCUCGAGAUUCCUCGAAACUGUAA